GACAACCGCCUGUCACGUUCUUUACCUCGCAUUUCUCCUCCCUCCGUUCAUCUUUACAACCGCCAACCAUGUUCCAAGCCGCACUGCGUGCUGCUGCCCGACCAGCGGCUCUUGCGUCGCGCUCUGCGCUCAAACCAUCCAGCGCAAGCCUUCGCGCGCUAUCCACGACUGCCAGCCGUCUUUCAGGACCCGCUGCUCCUUCGCUCUACGGCCCUGGCUCAAAAGCCGGUGAGAUCCCAUCAGACGAGACCCAGGCGACAGGUCUCGAGCGUUUCCAGCUUCUUGGAGAAAUAGAGGGUGUCGAUUCAUUCGACUUGGAGCCUUUGGAUGCGAGCCGCGUAGGAACAUUGGAAAACCCUAUCAAAGUGUUCUCAUUGGAUACGGAACGCAUUGUUGGAUGUACCGGCUCUCCCGCAGACUCACAUGAGCUUCACUGGUUUACAGUAAAGCAUGACAAAACCCGCCGUUGUGCUGAGUGUGGUUCUGCCUAUGCUCUUGACUUCCAGGGUAGCCUUGACGCUCAUGACGCGCAUCACUAGACGGAAUAGAGGAACGAUGGGUUCACCAUAGCAAACCUGUAAAGCAGAAAAUAAAGAUACUUUUUAUACUAGUAUUGGAAUGUUCAACGUCUUUUCUGCAAUCUGGAACCCAGCUAAUAUUUGCGUGUCGCACU